AUGCGCAGCCGUCAGGGAAGCUAUGGACCAACUGACGGACCAAGAUCUGCUCAUCUGUUCGAAUUGACGGUUCUUCCAACGCUCUGUUACGCAGCGGGGACGUGGGCAGACACCGCUAUCACGUCUAAGAAGCUAAUUACUACCCACAGAGCCCUUGAGAGAUGUCUUCUGAAGUUUGACCGGCGCACACAACACCUAGCCGGUCUUCGCAGCUCCGACUUAAGAGGAAUCUCUCUUCUUCGCGAUCCAGCGAAACAUGUAUCCAAAGCAAAACAUAGAUGGGUCGGUCACAUCAUGAGAAGAAUCGACGAUAGAUGGACUAAAAGAACGCCAGAGUGGGUCCCAAGAGAUGCUGAACACUUUCGAGGGAGACCGCCAACGAGAUGGGGUGACGUAUCCGCUACACUGAUGGACCAGCUGAGGGCUCAGGUGGAUACGGCUCAAGGACCUCGUCAACGUCACUCACGAAAUUUGAGAAGUAGUUUGUUUCACUUUCGGGACAUCUUUAAGGUUUCACUCCUCAGGGAUUGGAUUUCUGUCACUUUCGCGUUCCUAUAA